AUGAAAGUCCUAGGCAAAAGGCGACCACGGAAACAGAAGAGCUGGAUAACCGACACCAUCCUGCAGAAAUCUGAUGAGAAACGGCAGCUGAAGCAAUCCAGGUUCAACCCACCCCAGGACGGCAACGCUUACUGUACCGUCAACAAGGAAGUCAAGAAAGAAGUCAGCAAGGCCAAGAAGAGCUGGAUCCAAAGCAAGUGUGACCACAUAGAGUCCAGCCUACGUGCAAACAACACCAAGGUGGCCUAUGACACAGUUAAAGAGCUCACCCAGCAGAAACAGCGCCGACUGACGUGCAUUGACGAUGCCGAUGGCAACCUUCUUGCAGAGAAACCUGACAUCACAAAGAGAUGUCAUGAGUACUGCUCUGAGUUGUACAGUUACCAAAUUACAGCCGAGCAGGAGGUUCUCCAAGAGCUCAAGGACAAGACGACAGAACAGGUUGAUCCAGACCCCGAAAUCCUGGAGAGCGAGGUCGAAGCAGCUCUGAAGAGUCUGAAGCUUGGCAAGUCAUCGGGAGUUGAUAACAUCCCUACAGAGCUCCUUGCAAGCGGUGGAGAAACGGUGAUCAAGGCAUAUACUAGGAUAAGCAACCAAGUGUUUAGGACCGGGAAUUGGCCUAAGGACUGGACAACAACCAUCGACAUUCCCGAGCAGGAGGUUCUCCAAGAGCUCAAGAACAAGACGACAGAACAGGUUGAUCCAGACCCCGAAAUCCUGGAGAGCGAAGUCAAAGCAGUUCUGAAGAGUCUGAAGCUUUGCAAGUCACCGGGAAUUGAUAACAUCCCUACAGAGCUCCUUGCAAGCGGUGGAGAAACGGUGAUCAAGGCAUAUACUAGGAUAAGCAACCAAGUGUUAAGGACCGGGAAUUGGCCUGAGGACAGAACAACAUCCAUCGUCAUUCCUAUACCAAAGAAAGGAAAUCUACGUAAAUGCAACAACUACCGGACCAUCAGCCUGAUAAGCCACCCGAGUAAGAUCUUGCUGAAGGUGAUCCUCAAGCGCCUGCAACCGCAAGCCAAGGCAAUCCUAUCUGUUUAA